AUGGCCCAAGGACUGGACCCUGCUCCACAAUCCCAUUGUCUUGCCUGGCUCAUCACAGGGCUGGAGGUGGCCCUCACAGAUCUCCGGAGCUCCUGGAACAAUGUGUACCACCACACCGAUGACGUCAGUGUGGACCGCCUCCUUGUCCGCAGAGGCCAGGCCUUCAGCAUCAUCCUGUACUUCAGAAACCGCGGCUUUCAGCCAGGCCUGGACAACAUCAUCUUUGUGGUUGAGACUGGACCCCUGCCAGACCUGGCCAAAGGGACACGGGCAGUGUUCGGCUUGGGAAACCAGGGUGGCCCCGGCCCCUGGAUCGCCUUGCCGGAGGCCCCCGGGCCCACCUCCCUGGAAGUGAGCCUGUGUGCGCCCCCUAUGGCAGCUGUGGGUCGGUACCUGCUGAAAGUUCACAUCAGUUCCUUCCAGGGAUCCGUCACAGCCUACAAGCUUGGGGAGUUCAUCCUGCUCUUCAAUCCCUGGUGCCCAGGGGAUGCCGUCUACUUGGACAGUGAGCCCCAGAGACAGGAAUACGUUGUGAACGAUUAUGGCUUCAUCUACCAGGGGAGCAAGAACUGGAUCCGCCCGUGCCCGUGGAACUAUGGGCAGUUUGAAGAAAAUAUUAUAGACAUCUGCCUAGAGCUGCUGGACAAGAGCCUGAACUUCCAGACUGACCCAGCCACAGACUGUGCCCUGCGGGGAAGCCCUGUCUACGUCAGCAGAGUGGUGUGCACCAUGAUCAACAGUAAUGAUGACAAUGGGGUGCUCAAUGGAAACUGGAGCGAGAAUUAUGUAGACGGCAUCAACCCUGCCGAGUGGACCGGCAGCGUGGCCAUCCUAAAGCAGUGGCAUGCUGCUGGCUGCCAACCAGUGCGCUAUGGGCAGUGCUGGGUCUUUGCCGCCGUCAUGUGCACAGUGAUGCGGUGCCUGGGGAUCCCCACCCGCGUGAUCACCAACUUUGACUCUGGCCACGACACUGACGGCAACCUGAUCAUAGAUGAGUAUUACGACAACACAGGCAGGAUUUUGGAGAACAAGAAGAAGGAUACUGUCUGGAACUUCCACGUCUGGAAUGAGUGCUGGAUGGCCCGGAAGGAUCUCCCCCCUGGAUAUGGAGGCUGGCAGGUGCUGGAUGCCACCCCUCAGGAGACCAGCAAUGGCCUCUACUGCUGCGGCCCUGCCUCCGUCAGAGCUAUCAAAGAAGGGGAAGUGGAUCUGAAAUAUGACACACCCUUCGUGUUCUCCAUGGUGAAUGCUGACUGCAUGUCCUGGCUCAUCUACGGAGGGAAGGAGCAGAAGCUUCACCAGGACACCACUUCUGUUGGCAAUUUCAUUAGCACUAAGAGCAUCCAGAGUGAUGAGCGAGAUGACAUCACCGAGAGCUACAAGUAUGGAGAAGGUUCACCCCAAGAGAGGCUCGUGUUUCAGAAAGCCCUACAGAAGCUGAAGUCUGAGAGGUCCCAUGGUACCCUCCGAGCUGACUCACAACCCUCCAGGCCCUUGUCACGGAGCUGGGACAGCCCUCGGAGCCUGGAUACACCUUCCCUUCGACCUAGUGAUGUUGUCCAAGUUUCUCUGAAAUUCGAGCUACUUGACCCACCCAACAUGGGCCAGGACAUAAACUUUGUCCUGAUGGCUCUCAACAUGUCAUCCCAGUUCAAGGAUCUCAGAGUGAACCUGAGCGCUCAGUCACUGCUGCAUGAUGGCAGCCCCCUACCCACUUUCUGGCAGGACAAAGCUUUCAUCACCCUGUCUCCUGAAGAAGAGAGGACCUACCCCUGCAAAAUCCCCUACGCCCAAUACAGCCAGUACCUGUCAACAGACAAGCUAAUUCGCAUCAGUGCCCUGGGUGAAGAGAAGAGCAGCCCUGAGAAAAUCCUGGUGAACAAGAUCAUCACCCUGACUUAUCCAGGCAUCACGAUUAAUGUUUUAGGAGCAGCUACCGUGAACCAGCCUCUCUCCAUACAAGUGAUAUUUUCAAACCCCCUCUCAGAGCCUGUUGAGGACUGUGUGCUGACCUUGGAAGGAAGUGGCCUCUUUAAGAAGCAGCAGAGAGUCCUCAUUGGAGUCCUCAAACCCCACCACAGAGCCACCAUCACUCUGAAGACUGUCCCCUUCAAGAGUGGCCCAAGGCAGAUCCAGGCUAACCUAAGAAGCAACAAGUUUAAGGACAUCAAAGGCUACAGGAAUAUUAAUGUAGACUUCGCAUUAUAAAUUCUGGGACAUUGCUUCUUGGUCUUUUGGCUAAGAUCAAGUGUAAAUUCUGGGACAAUGUGAUUUCAAACUUCAAUUUCAAAUGCAAGCUGUGUUUUUCCCCCAACUACAAAGGAAGAAUCUGAACUGCACUGCACCCCCAGGACUCUAUUCCACACUCAUGGGUUCUGUGCUGUCCCAUACAGAAGUGUGAUCUGGCACAGUGGCCAGAGGAUCAUGGUUGGGCUUGGCUGUCACUCACUGCCCUUGAGACAUCAAGGAAAGAAGACUGGCUGAGCACCUCAUCGUUCUGUGUUGCAAUGGCUAAUUCCCAGUACAAAUAAACGUCAGACCUUUCUUUCAUCUCCUUUGCCCCAUGUAACCAUUGCUUUCCCUGAAGAAGCUCCCACCUGUUCCCACCUGUCCCCUGGUUGCUGGGAGUGUCCUAUUAUUUCAGAACCUGAGGCCAUUACUCUUUCAGCAAGUAUUUAUUGAGUGUCUGGUGUAUGCUGGGCACUAUUCUGACUGUAGAGGACAAGACAAUAAACAAAGCAAUGUCUCUGCCAUGGUGGAGCUUACAUGCCAGUGUAGGCAGAGAAAACAGAUGAUAAACAUAUCAGCAGAUGGUGUAUCAGUCAUGAACCAGCCAGAAAAGCAAAACCAUGCAGAUAUCCCUGCAUACCACCUACCAUCUCUCUGUGUUGGACAAAAGCAUGUGAGAACUCUCACUUUUGGCCUUCACUUAAAUCCAUUCCCCUGUGACAGCCAAAGGACUCUCACAGUCCUAAUGUCUUCAUGCAGUGUCAUCUGGGCAUUACAGUCCUGGAGGGCCUUGGGUGGCAGGGGCCAAGAGAUAGAGGAAUCAAAUACCCCCAGAGUUUUCUCUUGGCUGCAGCUUAUGUUCAUGGUCAUUCAAACUCCACACUUUCCAGGUCCUAGUAAAGCAACUCCAACCAUUGCCUCCUCUCAGACACACCUGCUUUCUCGUGCCGCCAAAGGUCUGCUGUAGAAAGACAUUAAGCACCUGCCCUCCAGGCACUGGCUAGAGACUGAGGCUGUCCUAUUACAUGUACAUGCAUUAAAUAAAGAAGUUACAGAAGCUGAGCUGGUCCCAGCACAUGGAAGGAAGUUCCCGUGCUGCCAU